AUGUCCUCCAACGGGCCCACCGUGCCUCAACGGCAGCCAUACGAUCACCGGCAUGAUAACGAGAGGGAAGACUGGGAGGAGUGGGAAGAUGAAGAUGUGGUCACCCCAAUCAUGGACGAUGACCAAGAGCUCAUCAUGGACAAGACGGCCGCUCCCAGUCCCCUGAGACCAAACAAACCGGUUUCGACGAGAUAUUCACAGCCACGGUAUUCAGUCCAGAAGCUGAGGCGUCUCAAGUCCCGCCAACGGCAAAAGGCGCAGAACGCCAAAGCAGGGAUCAAGGUGGUUACAGACAUGGCAACGUUGCGACAGCAGCAACAGGCUCAACCGACCCGGAUUCCUGAUCUCCAGCAGCCCAAGUUUGUCGAUGCAGCAGCACUGAGGGCCCUUGAGGGGUCACCUAACUCCGCGUCAGUCGGCAAUUGGAACUGGCUGAAGAUGAAGAAGUCGGACCCAAACGCAAAGUCUCCUCAAAGCGCUGGCCGCAGCCCCCUGGAGCAGGACCUAUCCCCAAACGACCGCCCGAUUGUCAUUGGCAUCGCGUUGCCGUCAGAGAUGGCCGACAGAGAAAUCAGCCCCCAAACAGCCAUCAUUGAGACACCGCAUGAUCUGCCGCCGAAAUAUACCAAUAAGCCUACCACGACGGGUAAAGCAGACACUGUCACUCCAUUGACUCCCUCACAACAGAGAUCUGUGUGGAGCCCAGACACACCAGAUACCACCUCCCCUUUCCAGUCACCGCACCGCACUUCCAGCAUUUAUUCUCAAGCAACUGGUCUUGGUGUUGGUAUUGGUGUUGCUCACGACGCUCCUCCUGUUCCUGCAGUGCCUUCUACCUACAAGCAACAGGAAAGAGUAGUCAGCGUGGUCCUCAAGAAUAGGGAUGAUGAGGACGAUGAUGGAGGCAGCCCAUGCACCUUGUUUGAGGAGGAUGGGACGGCCUCGAACCGGCCAAAGCCAACAAAGGUCAAGGAGGCAUCAAAGAGCCCAGACAGCGCGGCAACGCAGACUCGUGGUUGGUGGGAUCAUAUCACGACACCCUUUCUAGAGAGGAAGAGCCCUAUUGUCCCACCCCAGAAGAGUGAAUCACAGCCUGUCAAAUCAUCAGCGCCUGAGGACUGGUGGAGUGAAAAGGGCGCCAGGGUCUUGGUCUCGGAAACAAAAGCCUUGCAGCCUACGGUAUUCAAGCCACAAGAAGUUCAACAAGUUAUUGUUCAGCGACCAGGCCUUCCAGCAUCUCCAAGGCCAUCACCACGCAAUAUAGAGGCGCCGAUAGUCAGAGUUCCUACUCCGAGAAGGACCCCAUCACCACUCAUGGACAGACGGGAUCCUUCACCCGCGUCGUCUUCUCGAUCAGCUACUCCACGACUUCAGCCCCGGUCAGAGAAAACUCAGCUUGCCGAACCCAGCCCAGCUCCUUCAGAGCAGCCGCCCCCAUACUCUCCUCCUCCUCAGCAGAAGGCCGUGCGGUACCGAGCUGUCUUCCCUGCGGGCCACCCUUUGCAGGCACUUUAUCCCCCGUCUCCGGGACCAAUCUCGCCAGCCAUCAACGGAACAAUGAGUUCCCAAGGCGGCAUCAACAUGACCGACAUACCCUUGACACCAGCGCCAAGAGGCAACAGCCCUGCUCCUGGGCAGCAAGGCCGCCUUCCAGAACGAUUCGCUGGCACGUUUGUGCCGCCGGAACACUUCCUUGCAGCAGAAGGGAACGGUCAUCGCGUUGAACGACAGCGUCGUCGCCACGAAAAGGAAGAAAUUGCAGCUCGCAAAGCUGGAGGCUUCUGGAAAGGCCGUGGGUGCAUUCCGGCGAAUGGAUGCUAUGGUCGCAGCGGUCGUGAAGGUCGAAAGAGAAGACGUGUUUGCCUUGGCAUAUGCGGAGCUAGUCUUUUCCUCAGCAUUCUCAUCAUCGUUCUUUGCGUUACCCUCAUCCCGCGAAACCACGCCUCUGCACCAGUUGACAGCAUCUUUCUCAACCUCACAAACUUCCCUCCGAUGCCAACUGGGGUUCUCUCAGUUGUUGGCCCGGACAACACCGCCGCAGUCACCGGCUGCAGUAGCCCUUCGACUGUUUGGAGCUGCGCACUUCCCAAGGAAGAACAGGAAUCUGUGGCCCCCAACCGUCCCAACCAGCCGACUUUCACCAUGCAGAUCCAAUGGGAUAACAACACGCGCAAUCUCUGGAAUGUGCCAAAUGGUGAACCCCCUCGGCCCGGAUCUACCUCUGGGAAGCGCCAUUUGAACCUUGGCGGCAUCGUAGCUAGGGCAAGGGCACUCAUCAAAAGACAGAACCCAGUUUUCACACCCAACCCAGCCCCUCCUUCCUUUGAGGAAAUGUACUUCCUCGGAAACACAACCGAUGGCAUUGUCUCCAGCGAGAAAGCUGGCGAACCGACUCCAUUCUAUCUCAGCAUCCUCAAGUCCGCCAGUGAAACAGUUGGCCCCAACGCUCUGGGCAAGCGUCAGAGUUCGGGAAACUCUACUGAUGACUUUGGCAUCAGACUACCGGCUCCAGAUCUCGAGGCAGAUGGCACUGGAGCCCCCGCACAGCUCUUCCCUCAUGCUGUCCAGCAGCCCUUACGGCUUUAUGAUCGCGGCCUCCCGACUGAGCACUACGGUUUCUACACCUACUUCAAGCGCACCAUCUACCUCAAGUCCGUCACUACCCUCAACGGGACUGAGGACGAGAGCAAUGUGCCGCUCGACAAAGACGGCGGAUCCCGCAGGAGCGAGGCCAAGUUCCUUGUGACGUGGUCUCAGACGCGUUUCCUCGUCCAGAUCUGGACCCGCUCGGCGAACACCACGCAGCUCCUCACCACCCCCGGCACCAUGCCUUACCCCGUCACGAUCAAGACGGACACCCACGGCGGAGAGUCGGGCGAGAAGUUCGUGUGGCACUGGCCCGUGAAUGAUCGCCAGGGCAUCGAUACGAGUACACCGAAGCUUCUCCCUAAUGAUAUCGGCUUUGGUGGAACGACUGUGAACCCUCGAAAGGAUAAGAAUGCUUCUUUUGGCGGUUUCGAUGGUGGUACCGGCGGCUGCCGCUGCGAGUGGGUCAAUUUUAUUGCCAGGAGGGAUAGUGGUAACUAA